UCUCUCACAAUUUGUGCACAGUGUUGAAUGUUCCCCAUGAUCCUGUGGCCUUGGAAGAGCACUUUAGAGAUGAUGAUGAAGGACCAGUUUCCAAUCAGGGUUAUAUGCCUUAUUUAAACAAAUUCAUCUUGGAAAAGGUUCAAGGAAACUUUGACAAAGUUGAAUUCAAUAGGAUGUGCUGGACACUCUGUGCUAAAAAGAACCUCUCUAAGAGUCUUCUGCUCAUUAGCGAUGAAGAUGCAUUUAAAGUGUGGGUUAUCUUCAACUUUUUGUCAGAGGACAAAUACCCCCUAAUCAUUGUACCUGAGGAGAUUGAGUACUUUCUUAAAAAGCUCACGGAAGCGAUGGGGGCGGGCUGGCAGCAGGAGCAGUUUGACCACUACAAGGUUGCGCUCAACACCAGCCGGGAAGGGCUUUCCGCGUGGGAGCUCAUCGAUCUCAUCGGAAGUGGGCAGUUCAGCAAAGGCAUGGACCGGCAGACAGUAUCAAUGGCAAUUAAUGAAGUCUUUAAUGAGCUCAUAUUAGAUGUACUCAAGCAGGGCUAUAUGCUGAAAAAAGGCCACAAAAGGAAAAACUGGACAGAGCGAUGGUUCGUGCUGAAGCCCAAUAUUAUUUCCUACUACGUAAGUGAAGAUUUAAAAGACAAGAAGGGAGACAUCAUGCUGGAUGGCAACUGUUGUGUAGAGGCCUUGCCUGAUAAGGAUGGGAAGAAAUGCCUUUUUCUCAUAAAAUGCCUUGACAAAAGCUUUGAGAUCAGUGCCUCUGAUAAAAAGAAGAAGCAGGAGUGGAUCCAAGCCAUACAGACCACUGUGAACCUGCUGCGAGGGGGGAACCCUCCUCCCCACAAGGAGGCUCGCCAGAAGCGGAAGGAAUUGCGCCAGAAACUCUUAGCCGAGCAGGAGGAGCUGGAGCGGCAGAUGAAGGAGCUGCAGGCGGCCAAUGAGAACAAGCAGAAGGAGCUGGAGACUGUGAGAAAGCAACUGGAAGCAGCAGCUGCGCGUGCUGCAGAGGAGGAGAAGAAAAGACUGCAGACUCAAGUGGAAUUACAAGAUCGAUUCAGUCUAGAGCUGGAGAGAGAGAAAAUGGUAAGACAGCAGAUGGAGGAGCAGGUUGCCCAGAAGUCGUCGGAGCUGGAGCAGUAUUUACAGAGAGUCCGCGAACUGGAAGAGAUGUACAAGCAGCUGCAGGAAGCCCUGGAGGAUGAGAAGCAGGCGCGUCAGGACGAAGAGACUGUUAGGAAGCUUCAAGCCAGGUUACUGGAAGAAGAGUCUGCAAAGAGAGCAGAACUGGAAAAAUGGCACUUGCAGCAGCAACAGACCAUUCAGAUGACAGAAGCAGAGAAGCAAGAGCUGGAAAAUCAGAGACUGAUAAAAGAGCGGGCUCUUCAAGUGGCCAUGCAACAACUGGAGCAGCUUGAACUGGAAAGGAAGGAGGCGCUUGAGCAGUAUGAGGAGGUAAAAAAGAAGUUGGAAACAGCAGCUAAUAACACCAAAAGUUGGAAGGAUAAAGUAGCUCAUCACGAGGGACUAAUUCGACUAAUACAGCCAGGCUCCAAGAAUCCCCACUUGAUCACAAACUGGGGUCCAGCCGCCUUCACUGAAGCUGAACUUGAGCAAAGGCAAAAGAGCUGGAAGGGGAAAAAGGCCAUGUCUGAGUAAUCAUGGUAGCUGAAAUCCCAUCUGCAAACGGAGGCCCCCGGUUGUUCCUUCUGCUUCGCACAGACCAGCUCAUUGCUCGCGCGGAUCUUAGUUUGCUCAGCACGCUGGGCCUUCCUACAGUGGAAAUACCAUUCACCACAUAGGAGAAUCUGCUCAGAGCUCAGUAAUUAGAAUAUGUGCUGUCUGACAAUACUUGCCAUUUUUUCCUCACAUGUCUAGCAAUCCUGUUCUUUCAUAGAAAAAUUUUUAACUGAAUGUUUUUAUUUAAAUGUAGCUUGUGACCGAGCUGAUGCUAUGUUGGCUUGUAGCAAUCUGACAGCAUCUAGUCAAGCAGGCAGGGUCACUUUCAAAACAUGAGGGAAGCAGCUGUUAUGUUGGUUCAGUUCGUGUAAGAAUUCGACCUACAGGAUAAGUUAAUUCUGAAUUUUUGUACAGCUCUGAGCUGGAGCAGGACCUUUCCUCCCAGUUAGUCUCCUCUUGUUUUUACCUCUGUCCAUUUUGCUCUUCACCUGGUGACGUCUGUGCUCAGCAUGUUCUGCCUUGGUGAGGGGCAGACCGGCCCCAGCGGUGCCGCCUGCUGCUGGUCACCAGUCUGCUCUCGUGCUGUUUCCAGCUGCUCACAGCAAUCCAGACUAAGAAAUUAGAAAUAAGCAGUGCAAAAGUGUGCUGAAAAGCAUUUGGGAAAAGCAGGAAUGCAAGAUUGUUCUUGUAGUGCAUUGUAACUGGGAACUACUAAAAAAAAAAAAAAUUGAGAAUACUGGGAAAACCAUAUGUUUUGCCAUACAUAGUUUGCAGGAAGGCACAGUUUUGAC